CUGCCGGUCUGAUAAUAGCAGAAACGUGGAGAUCAUCAAGAUCAGAGACCAAACGAAGGGUUAAUGUGAACGACAAAAUUGAGGACCUAGAAGAGAGACUGGACCGACUAAUAGGGAUGGUAGAAGCCAUAGGAGAACAUUUGGAGACAGUAGGCAAGAACGUUGAAAUCGAAACCGCCAAAACUGAAGAGCUCUCUCGAGUUCUCCUAAAGGUGGUUGACAUUGGUAUUCGCGGAGGUUGGGCAGAGUUCAAGGAGCACCCGAUCCAGCUUCCUUAUCCGGAUCUUGAGAAAUUCAAAGCUCGUCCUCUGAGCCAUAACGUUCAAGCUGGUACAUCAACAGCUCUUGAAACCGGUCACGCCGCCCGAAUGGCGAACAUUGCUGCUAUUAUCAGUCACUAUGAGAACGCGAAAUCGGCGCUAAAGGAAGAUGCGAAUAGGGCUACACUAGCACCAGAGACUAGCUUACGCAAGCAAUGA